AUGGGACGCCAUGUGGGUGUCGAUAUAGGCACGUCAUCAAUUCGAGUCACAUAUGAUUCUCAAACCAAUGAGCUACCCAUUGUUACACAUCGUGGGCGAUUCAUCACACAAUCAUCGGUAUCCAUCUACCACUCACUUUUGCAAUUGUUACCAUCACACUAUAACUCCAUUGCUAUAUCAGCAACAUGCUCCACUGUCGUAACGAAAAAGAUAAAUAACCAUCAUCUAGAACCGUUCAAUAUUGAAGGUAAUGAAUCAGAUAUCUUGCUUUGGAUGGAUCAUUCAGCACAACAAGAGACUGAAUUUCUCAACAACUCGUCUGCAACAAGGAUUAGCCAAGCACGACGUCAACUAGGUGGCAAAUUCGUUGCUGAAUUAGGCCUUCCCAAAUUGAAAAUGAUUCAGAACGUAUUUGGAGACAACGAUUUAGUCUGUUUUGAAUUGUAUGAUUGGAUUAGUUACUUAUUAAAGUUUGGCCCAUCAGAUGGAAGAGUAGAGUAUCAUCCACUUGUGGAAGACAACACCACCCUACAUGCAAUCGAUGGUUCAAUUAAAGGCUGGUCAAAGGAAUUACUUGAUGAGGCUGGGAUCAUUAUCGAAAUUGGUGGAUUGGGUGUGCUGGGAAAAAUUGUACCUCGAUUAGGUGAACCGGUGGGCACUGUGCAUGGCACCCGGGCUGUCAUUGGUCAUGGAUGCAUUGACUGCUACGCCGGCUGGCUCAAUUCAUACUCAUCUUUUCAAAGUGGUGAUGAAACUGAUGCAAAAUCGUGUUUCAUGGUUGCGGGAACUUCCACAUGCUUCAUCUACCGUGGCCAACAACAAAAGAAAAACUAUUCUGGAGUCUGGGGGCCUUACCAACUUGCUAAAGAUAACGAAUGGUUAUAUGAAUUUGGCCAACCGGCAACGGGUAAGCUAUACGAGCGCUUGUUUGAAAAACACGGCAAAAAGGACUACGUCGCCACAACUUUCAAACAACUCGAGACGGGAAUGGAAACUUACAUAAGCCAGAAUGGCAAGGGAAUACACGAGCUAUUAAAAGGAUACUUUUACUAUGGGGAUGUGUAUGGUAAUAGAACCCCGUAUCAAGAUGGUAACAUGGCAGAAAUGAUUAUAGACAAUCCCAAUGGACCAUUUGGCCCAAUUAUUAGCACCACGACCCAUGCAUCUCUACUUGCAGAGUAUAUCCUCAUUAUGGAGUUUCUUGCUUUCCAAACGAGGGAACUUAUUGAACCUUUGGGAAUAGAGUCGUUAACUAUUUCUGGCUCGCAAUCAAAAAAUAAACGGUUUCUUCACCUUCUUGCUGAUGUGUGUAAUGUAUCCGUCAAGGUGGCGAGUGCAGCAGAUGGAUGUCAAGGAGCUGCCAAAAUGGGUCACAUUGCUGAACUAUGUCAACAAGGUUACAACUAUGACGACGCUUUGGACGAGGUGACAAAGGACAAUUCGUCAAUAAAGUUGGUUCUUCCUGACACCGGGGACUCCAAUUAUUCUGUUUCUGCAAACGAACUGUCGUUGCUCGGUGUCAAAAAAGUCCGAUGUGGACCCACAACGCCAUGUUCGCAUUGCGUAACUAAUGGAUUGACCUGUACGAGAAACAGAGAACGCAAAAAAUCCGGCCCCAAGACGUUGACGAGGAAAACACUUGAUUCGAUUAACAAUUUAAGCGAAGUGAUUGAACUCAAUACAAGCAAAAACAACUGGACGAGACCAGAAUUGUCGUCCAAAAACUCAUCAAAUACCGUGUAUUCGAAAAGCCCUAGUGUGAUUGAAGAGGAGUCGGAAUCAUCGCACCAUCCAUCGACACCAUCAGUCAGUAAUAGAUCAUCUGUUGCACACUCGGUGACUCCGAUACCACCACAACUGGCAGGGUUUGGUGUGGUUAGUGGCUAUGAUCAGCUGAGUCAAGGACCAGGACCGGGACCAGGACCAGGACCAGGACCAGGACCAGCACCACCCCUAACACAAAUGGAGCCAAAUCAGUACCCAGAGGUUUCAAAUCAGCUACUAGCGGCACAAGGUAAGAUGCCAGCGAUGCUUGGUCAGUUGCCAGCAGCAAACCAGCUACAGGCAGCCCAAAAUCAAUUACAAUCCCUGGCAAACCAACUUCAAGUUCUGGCUACCAACAAUGAUGCACAAACCACGUCAGAGGAAUACUUGGUAACCCCAUUCCACUUGAUUGAGAAUUUGAAUUUGAUCGGUGAAGAGCCUUCAAUACUGGAAUUGCUUGCACCAUUGACGGUGCAAUCCGUCUUGGCCAAUUACACGAAAUUGGUGGCGUUUCUAAGCACCAAUUAUCCCAACAUAAUCAACAACGAUGGGAUAAAUACCCACUUCACUGAGAUAAACUUGAUUGACCAUCAUGAUGAUUCGUUGUACUUGUCGACCUUACUUAUUAUCCUCACAUUGAAUCAAACAAUUGCCGAAAUCCUCAUUAAGUUGAAGAAGCAAAAAUUUAAAAAGUUUGUCAGAUAUCCUAAAAAAUAUCUUGCAUUCCGGCCCUUUAAAACGUUCAAGAACCUAUGCCACUUUAAAGUAUUGGAAAUAUUUUCCCUUAUUGAAAAGAAUUUUAUUGUGCCACCGUUGAUACCGAGAAACCGAGCCAAUGGUAAUGGAAGUCAAAAUCUUUUUGCCCAUUUGAAUCAAUACCAAAUAUACUAUAACUUAUCAUUGUCCAAUAUGCAAUUAUGCAACUACAACCACAUUUUGAAUUUGACAAACACCCUCAACACGGCCUCGGGUUUCUACAACUCAUACGGAAAUGAAGCACAGGAGCACCAAAAGAUUUUAUACCUUAGUCGAGCCAUCUCGACGUUCCAGUUAAUCAAUGUCAAACAAAAUGAUUCUUUGGUGCCGAUUCGGGAACUAUACGAGUUAAUCUAUUCCUUUGAACGGUACUAUAUCCUAUUCAGCUCGUACAAUUAUGAUGUCAAUGUAUUUAGAAACAACGACAUCUUGUUGCAUAUGAGAAGUGAAAAGUAUCAUGGUCAGGGUUAUCCUUACGAUUUAAUGCAUAUCGUCGACGACCUGGGAUUGAUGGGUCCUCUCUGCCGCAAUGCUGGGUUCAAUAUGAUGUUGGAGUAUGAUAAGCCGCAGCCUGGAUAUUUUGAGUUAAAGGGAAGGAUUGACGCAUUAAGGUGCACUGAUCACAUGUGGUGUAUCCUUAGGGAGAUUUUGUUGUUCAAGAUUAUGCUUGUACGACCAUUGAAUUUUGAUCAAGGCAAGAUGGAAAUUGUCAGGAUUAUAGACGCCAUCAGUAGCAGUUUAGAAGCAGCUGACUCGGAUAUUUUCAAAGUCAAGGUGUCCAAUUACCAAAUCUUACAACCGUUGUUGCAUAUUUUGAAAAUAUUUCUCGAGAUAAAACAAGUUGAGGUUCGGUGGGGGAAGCCAGUCAACAUGCAAGACCAGGAGUUGUUGGUCAGAUAUACCGAACUUUUAAUUACGCAUUUGCCAUUUUUCAACAACAUUAACAAGUUGAUCAGGGCACACAAGAUACUUAACAAUUGGUUCUUGAUGUUGAGUGAGGUAAAGAAGGAAGACACAACUAAUGAGGAACAUUCACAGUCACAGUCACAGUUGCAACCCCAGCAGCCACCACCACCACCACUACCACAACACACUCCGUACCAACAACCAGUACCACUUACUCCACACAAUAUUGAAUUACCUUUGCAUACAGGAAUUACACCACAGGUGCAAGCUCCAUUUGCCAAUUUCCCCCAUCUUCAGCCACAACAACGAAUUGCUUCUCAAAUCGAUGUAAAUGAGUUGAUGAGGGAUUUCACCGUGUCGAGGUUGGAUGAGAACGAUUUUGAUGUGAAUAACCCCACACCAGCAAUACAAUACAGGGCUGACGACGACGAAGAAGAAGAUGACGACGAGCAAGGCUUUUUCAGUAUCGUGCCAAAGAAUGAACACGGUCAUGAGUUUGUCAACAACCCCAACCCUGACAAUCAUCAAGCUUCAACUGCCGAUUUCUUAUCCAAUGCGCCACCGACACCGCAGUUUACUUUCCCCAACAAUGUCAAUUCAAACAAUCUACAUAUGAGCGCCAGCACAAGGAGUUUUUUGUCCUUGCUUAAUGCUACAAAUUAUGCCGAAGACAAUCAAGUUGAGAGCAACAAUCAGGGAUCUGGUAAUUCCGACAAGGGCAGUCUAAUGGGUUCUAGUUUUUUCAAUUUGAGUAAUUUACGGUAA